AUGGCCGACGGUUUCUAUUCCUAUUACCCGAGUCGUCCGAACUACGACUAUCCAGAGGACGACCUAUAUGUUCCGGACCCCACAACGCACUGGCACUCAUACGGUGAGCAGACAUGGCCAGGCCGCCCUUGGAGAGCCUACUCAGAGGCACCGGGAGACCCGAACUUGGAUCCGUUCUACCUGGAGGACUCACUGGCGUACACUGAUCCCUGGACUAGCCAUGACCCGUAUGACCACGAUCCUGCGUACAGUGACGACUAUUAUGAAUUCUACUCUCUGCAGGGACCAAUUGAGACCGAGUUCGAACAGGACCACAGAUUCGCUCAAUGUAUAGCUCACCAAGCUGCGAAUAUGUACCCCGAGCAACGUCAGAGCUCUGCCAGUUCGUUUGAGAUAGCUACAGUGCCCAACUUGAGUCCUAGCAGCUCGGUUACUUCUCGCCAUUCUGCGACUGGCUGUCCUGUCGCUGCCCGAGGAUCGACAGAACGAGCUUCUCCUCAUGGCCAGCAAAAGGGCUACUCAGGGAACGGCUGUUGCUGCUGUCUGUCCCCGGGCCCGUCCCAUCAAUUCUUACCCUCAGGGAUGCCCGCGGAGUCUUCAGCAAGAGAUAUUCUUGCUCCACCCGGUAGAAGCCCUGCGGUUUACCCCAAAGACAAUACGGCGGUCUGUUCUCGUCAGCCUAUGAAGCCUUGCCCGAGUACUCCCACCGCUUUACGCGGAUACUCGAGUUGGCGGCCGUCCCACCGUCAUGGCAGGCGUUCCUUGAUUGAGCUGCAAAUGGGCUCCCUUGAUCACUUAGUCGAUCGAGCUACCUACGAGUCGCACGAGUUUCUCUUCGAUCGAGGACCGUUUUCAUGCCCUGAUGAUAGUCCCAGACUCCGUCCAGCCACAGCCCCCAGUACAUCUCAUACCUCUCGUGUGGUACCCACCGGUUCCGAAUUGAGAUUUACGCAGUCAGACUCAGUCCCUGAAUCUCCCAUUGAACGCUCGGUGUGGGAACCGGACUCUGAUUCUGAAUCCGAGGGACCUUCAUCGCCGAAAUUGUUGUCGAGUAAAUCCAUUGAAACACUGCGCAGGGUCCGGAGCAAACUGCAACUGCGAGCCGCGAAGUCGGGUAUGAGCCACGAUUCGGCAAUUCGGGAAGAAGAGGAGGAAAGAACUGGAAAGCUUCAACCCGAUCAGGACAAUAGCAGCAGCAACGACAACACGACAGAUGCACAACAGGUGACUAGAGCAGAACGGGUUACGGAAAUGAAUUCGAACCAGGAAGUCCCCUGGUCGAGGGUCCAGCAGAGAUUCCCAGACCCUUGCUCGCUGCAGUUACUACCCCAGUCUCAUACUCGGUACGGCAACCGUCAUGGUGGUCCUGAUAACUCGUCUACUCCGGUUAUUGUCAUCGAAUCUGAAGGAGAAACACCUUGGACUUGGCACUACCAGACCCAGCUCUCAGAUACCCGAGAAGACAAGGAAAGACAAGCUCCCUAUUGUCAUGGCAGCAACAUGCGGAACUCCAUUGCCCUCAGCCGCCCGUCUCGCUUCCACCGGUUCAUGAGGCCAUUGCGGGGACUGAACUGCUACGGUGUGUAA